AUUAGCUUAGCUACCAUUAUGAAGCCCUUCUCCAUUACAUACAAGCAUCCACACCCGUCGUUAUGCAAAAGAAUUCCUCCUUUGUGUGUGUGUGUGUUUCAGCUUAUUUUCCCCCAAACCGCCAUUGUGAUUGAUGCAUUAUUGUUGCUAUUGCUUUCCCUAGUUUGAUCUGUAGUAUGCAUUUCUGGGCUGAGCUGUUUCUACUUUCAUAAUCCUUUCGCUCUUUCCUUUCUUUUCUUGUUUUAGUUAUUGGGGAAUUUUGAUUAAUAAAUAUAUAUAUGUGUGUGUAUGUAUUGUGUGCUUCUUCUUUCCACUGACUAAGCACCGUAUUCUGAUCCAGUUAACCCUAGUUCUUGAUUUUUGUUGUAAUUUAGACUUUUGUCUUGGACAUUUUUAAAAUAUUUUAAAAAGUUUCCAUAUCUUUGUGUAUGAAGUGGUGUAACAAUGAGAGAUGUAAACUCGAAGAAAAGCAAGCUUUCAUGGACCAAAACUCUGGUCAAGAAAUGGCGGAAUCUCCAGGGCAAAGCUGUGAACUUUCAUGCUGAUAACAUCAUUUUCGAAGAUGUUGCUGCAGAAUGGAGCAACAGUUUCUCAUGCACUGUCAAGAAAAACAACAUAUGUUCAGAACCAAACAGGAGAUUGAAUCGAAAGAUUGAUCUUGAUGCCUCCCCAAUCACUGAUGUGCACAACUAUAGGAUCUUUGUAUCGACGUGGAAUGUGGCCGGAAAGUCACCUCCGAGUUACUUAAAUCUGGAAGAAUGGCUACACAGUGCACCGGCUGCUGACAUUUAUGUUCUAGGGUUUCAAGAAAUCGUUCCUUUAAAUGCUGGUAAUGUUUUGGGAACUGAAGACAAUGGCCCUGCUAGAAAAUGGCAAGCUCUCGUCCAGAAAACGCUCAACAGCCUCCCCGGCAGCAGUUGCUCCGUACCAUCUCUGAUUCCCAAUCCUAUCGUCGAUCUUGUUGUUGAUUUUGAUGGAUUGAAUAGGGGAAAGGGCUCGUCUUUCUCCCACCGUAGCUCGUUUCAGUCGAUCAGCCGCAGCAUGAGAUUCAUGGGGAGUCAUGUUUCGAAUCCCCCGCCCAAUCUUGAUCAUCGAUUCAGCGUGUGCGAUCAAAUGAUGUAUGGAUAUAAUUAUAGACCGAGCGAUUAUUGUGAUCCGGACUCGAGGUGGACUGGUUCGUCCGACGAUGAAGAUGGAUCGAAUCCAUCUCCUUACAUGCAACACUCCCCUGUUUCCCACUACGGUCCUGCCUUGAUCGAUGAUGGAGACAGACCUCCCGAGCAGUCGAGGUAUUUUCUAUUCGCGAGCAAACAGAUGGUGGGGCUUUUCCUCAUGGUGUGGAUCAAGACUGAUCUAAGAGACGACGUGCGCAAUCUAAAGGUAUCCUGUGUCGGUAGAGGCUUGAUGGGCUAUCUCGGGAACAAGGGUUCGAUUUCGAUAAGCAUGUCAUUGCACCGGACGAGUUUUUGCUUCGUGUGUAGCCAUUUAACCUCCGGGGAGAAAGACGGGGACGAGCUGCGGAGGAACUCCGACGUCAUGGAAAUCUUGAAGAAAACACGGUUCCCACAAGUCCACGAAGACGCAAACGAUAACUCCCCUCAAACAAUCCUUGACCAUGAUCGAAUCAUCUGGCUCGGGGACUUGAAUUACAGAAUCACGCUUGCUUAUCGAUACGCGAAGGCUCUUGUCGAGAUGCGCAACUGGAGAGCUUUGUUGGAGAAUGAUCAGCUUCGAACGGAACAGAGUCAGGGCCGUGUUUUUGUAGGUUGGAACGAAGGGAAAAUAUACUUCCCGCCGACUUACAAGUACUCGAAUAAUUCAGACAGAUAUGCGGGGGAGAACAUAAACCCGAAAGAGAAACGUCGAACCCCUGCAUGGUGUGACCGUAUACUGUGGCGCGGAUAUGGUCUCCGACAGCUGUUGUACGUUAGGGGAGAGUCGAGGUUCUCAGACCAUAGACCGGUGUACAGUGUGUUCGUCGCUGAAGUCGAGUCCAACUGCAGCCAUGUUAAGAAAAUCGUGAAUCAUUCGAGUUCCCGUGUCGAGGCUGAAGAGCUGCUCGUGCUGCCGUACCUGCAGUAAACUUCCAUUUUCGAGAUUAAGUUACAAUGCAGAGAUUCUGAUUUGUUCCGGGAGGGGAUCCUCUUCGCUGUCGAACAGGACUUUGAAGACGAGAAGUGGAGAUCGAAAGACACUGGAGAUGGAUACGGUUUAAGGUUAUGUCAUCAACAAGAUUGGAGAUGACAAUGUUAACGAGGUUGGUAAUAAAAUCAUGCUAUGAUUGAUUGAUUGAUUGAUUGUUCUUGCUCAAUCAAGAAACAGUGAAUGGACAAGUCGAGCUUUGAACAAUAUUUUCAUUGUGACGAUGGUGGGGUUCAGAAAGUGAGGAAGAAGAUGGAUAAGGCAUUUUUAUAUAAUGUGAUGUGCAUUAAUUAAUAUUUAAUUCUUUUAUUCUUUGUUGUAGUUAGACUGGCACAGAGGGUCGGAUUUGUGAUCAAGAAAUUUAUUAUUUACCUACUUUUAAUUCGAUGCCCACUUAAUGUUUUCUUUUUUGUAAUUUAAUGUAUUAUUGAGUAUUAAUAGCAAUGAAAAGGUUAUGAAU